AGAGAGAGAUUACUACUGCACUUUAAAUAUCAGUAAGACGGAUGGCGCAUGAUAAGUCAUAUUUUUAUAGACACGUCUGGUUAUGAGGGAAAAUGGCUUCAUAAUGUUCACGGGUGUUCCGGACAUAAAAAUCAAAUCAAAGAAACACUCGGCACUAUUCAUGCAGGACGCUUACGUGGUAACUUAGAGAGUCAGACGAUGAAUUACGUGGGGCAGCUGGCGGGGCAGGUGUUUGUGCAGGUGAAGGAGCUGUACCGGGGGCUGAAUCCGGCCACUCUGUCCGGCUGCAUCGAUGUGAUCGUGGUGCGUCAGCCGGACGGCAGCCUGCAGUGCUCGCCCUUCCACGUCCGCUUCGGCAAGAUGGGUGUUCUCCGCUCCCGAGAGAAAAUCGUGGACAUUGAGAUUAAUGGAGAGCCAGUGAGUUUGCAUAUGAAACUGGGAGAGAAUGGAGAAGCUUUCUUCGUUCAGGAGACGGAGAACGACCAGGAAGUGGUUCCCUCAUACCUGGCCACUUCACCCAUUCUGUCAGAAGCAGUCUCACUGAUGAAGGGUCCCGGUACCUCCGUCCAAAGCUUGGGAGCCUCCUCGUCCUCUGGCACAGUGGAAAAUGGAAUGAUGAAGAAGAGGAGGAAGAGGAGGAGAAAGUCCAAAGUUGACAAUGUGAAGAGAGAUGACAGUGGAGAAUAUUCGGAGGAUGAAGAUGUGUUCACCCUUGACAUGAGCUCUAGUGAAGGAGAUGACCAAGAAAACAGGGGAUCUGUGAGGGACAUCAUGAACACUAGUUCCUCCAGUAGUUCCUAUCAGCAGAACACAGUCCAUGCUCACUCUGAUGGAGACUGGUCACCCACACAGAGUCCCCAGGGUUCCAGGCCGUCUUCUCCUAAGAGUGACAGUGAGCUGGUGAGAGAGUCUGACUCAGCACUGCACAACCCAGCCAUGCUGUGGACCUGGGGAGAACUGCCACACGCUGCAAGGCCGUCCUUUCUUCCGCCCACAAACCCGGAUCAUGCGACAGUCUGUCCUGUCUCUGUCCCAGUGACUGAGAACACACACUUUAGAGUAAUACCUGACCCCGCCCAACACAGCCCUGACAGCCAAUCAGCACUGAAACUCUUCAUCCCCAUGGCAACAGCACCCACAGGUUCAGGGACAGAACCUCUGAGGCCAGACACUCAGCCUAUGACAGUAGACCCAACAAAUAUGAAGGAACAGCCUGAGACUGAGCCUAAAGGACAGGUCUCUGAACCAAUGAGAGUAGACCAGACAGAGUCAGCAGCCAUGGUGGCAGCACGUGUGAUGUCAGAACUGGAAGAGAGCGGGCAAAGUGCUGGACCCCGCCCAGUAAGCAAGACAGAUUCACCGUCCAAAAGAAAAGAUAAGAGGAGUCACCAUCUUGGUCCGGAUGGAGUUUAUUUGGAUGACAUCAGAGAGCUGGAACCAGAGGUGGCUGCACUGUACUUUCCAAAAAGUGACGCCGGGGGUGUAGCAAGGCGUGGCUCUGACCCCGCCCCCUGCAGUGGCAGUCCCUCCCCUCAGUCAGUGGGCAGCUCUGGAGCAGACAGUGGGGUGGACAGCUAUUCUGACCAGCUGUCAGACCUUCCCUCUAUUGCCAUCUCCCUGUGUGGAGGACUCAGUGACAACAGAGAAAUCACUAAAGAGCACUUUCAGGAGAAAGCCAUCUCCUAUCAGAAGUUUGCUGAGAAUCCAUCCAUCAUAGAUGAUCCAAACCUGGUGGUGAAAAUUGGCUCCAAGUAUCUCAACUGGAGCACAGCCGCCCCUCUCAUGCUGGCCAUGCAGGCCUUCCAGAAACCGCUGCCAAAGGCGACUGUAGAGACACUGAUGAAGGAGAAGAUGCCCAGGAAAGGAGGCCGGUGGUGGUUCUCAUGGAGAGGGAGAACUAGCAACACCAAACAGGAUGCUGAGUCUGACCACAAAGCCUGCAUCAGCUCUGAGCAACCUGGGAAAAUGACUGCUAUCAACAGGCGGAAAGAUGAGUCCUCCUCCAGUGAUGAUGACCAACGAGCAGCAAUACAGACACUCAACUCUGGCCAAUCAGAUCCCAUACCCUCUGUUGGAGGUGUGUCCUACAAGAAGACUCUCCGUCCAACUCCUGAGCAGCUGGCAGCGCUGCAGUUGAAGGAGGGCUCUAACGAUGUGGUGUUCAGUGUGACGACACAGUACCAGGGCACCUGCCGCUGUCAGGGCACCAUCUACCUGUGGAACUGGCAUGACAAGAUUAUCAUCUCAGACAUUGACGGCACCAUCACCAGGUCAGACACUCUUGGCCACAUCUUACCAACUCUGGGGAAAGACUGGACACACCAGGGAAUUGCCCGCCUCUACCACAAAGUCAGCCAGAAUGGCUAUAAGUUUCUGUACUGCUCAGCUCGGGCCAUAGGGAUGGCGGAUAUGACGCGUGGAUAUCUGCACUGGGUCAAUGAGAGAGGCACCAUGUUACCACAGGGCCCAGUUUUACUGAGUCCCAGCAGUCUGUUCUCAGCACUGCACAGGGAGGUGAUUGAGAAGAAGCCAGAGAAGUUUAAAGUGGAGUGUCUAACAGACAUUAAAAAUCUUUUCCACCCAAACACUCAGCCCUUCUACGCUGCUUUUGGCAACAGAGCCACGGACGUGUUCUCCUAUAAAGAAGUGGGAGUGUCACUUAACAGGAUCUUCACAGUCAACCCUAAAGGAGAACUAGUACAGGAACACGCCAAGACCAACGUCUCAUCGUAUGUGCGCCUAGGGGAGGUGGUAGAUCAUGUGUUCCCAUUGCUGAUGCGGAAGAACUCAUCUGAUUUUCCCUGCAGUGACACCUUCAGCCAUUUCACAUACUGGAGAGAACAGCUCCCCCCGGUGGAUGAUCAACACCAGUACACUUCUAGCUGAACAAGGACUACUCACACACGCAGACACAACUAAGACCACAGACUCUACAUACACACACACACACAUGCAGAUGCAGACUCAGUCCUACGGAGGGUGAAAUGUCUGCUCUGUUUUUCAUUUCAAAGUUUUUUUCUCUCAUUCAGUUUGCAUGUGUAGCACAGAGGAGCAGACACAGACCUUUUUGUGGGGAUCACACAUUUAACAUUAACACGUUUAAUGUCUGUGUCAAGCUCUGGCAGGGAGGUUGAGAUGAAAACAUGCAUUACUGAAUACAGACUCUAUGAAUACUUUUCAUAGCAAACAGACUGUUACAAUAAUAUGUUAAAAAAUGUCAAAUGUCAUUUCUAUAUCCAGACUAAAUGUGUCACACAAACUAUAAAUGCAAAUUACAUAUCACAUUUGUUCUUGACAUGUAGAUGUAAAAACAGUUCAGUGAAGACAAUAGUCAAACUACUUAAAACCACAUCUUAACUAACACUGUGGCUCAAACACACACACACACACGCACAUGCACACACACACGUAUUUUUCAGUGUGUGGUAAAACUUUUGUGUGUGUGUGUGUGUGUGUGUGUGUGUGUGCGCGCGUGUGUGCCUUUAUGCACUGAACUGGAAUCUGUUGGAAACAUCCUUGCCUCAUAAUCAAUCAGUCAAUCAGUCAAUCAGUCAAUCAAUCAAUCAGUCAAUCAAUCAAUCAAUCAAUCAUUCUGUCAGUCAGUCAUUCAGUCAGUCAGUCAUUUGUUCCUUGUCAAACAGACUCUGAUAAACCUCAUAUAGAUGCUGAAUGAUUACUGCCCUGCAAGCUAAAUGUAAAUGUAAACAGUAGUAGCUAAGUGUGAAAUGGUCGUCAAGCAAUCUCUCAGUGUAUUUUUCUCUAAAACGUGGUCCAGACAAGAAGAGGUAUUUCAGUGACAAAGAAAUAUGUUAAAGAAAAGUCUCAAAACCUGAAACACAGCACUCCCUUCCCUCCCUCUCUUUUCCAGCUGCUAGAUCUCAGUGUGACUAAUAUUUGAGAUGCUCAGAUUUUUCCCCUUGUUUUGAUAUAUUAUGAUAUAUUUUUUCUAAUUUCGAUGAUUUUUUUUUUUUUUUUUGGUAAAGUGUGUUAAACGAUGUAAUUGAAUCCAUUCUGUCACAGCACUGAGUCUGUUCAUCUAAUACAGCUCAUCAGCCAGUGUUAAAUGAACUUUAGAAUGUUACAAAAUUAACACUUUCCGGAGUAAAUGCAUUUAGGAGAGUGCUGCAAAACUACACCCUCUCAGAGUAACCGUAACCAUGCGGAUCUUGCUGUAAGUCAAAUGACUCUGAGACUUGUGUUCUGGAAAAACUAAUGCUCGCAAAUCUGUUUUGUUGUGAAUGUUGAAUGUUUAUCUCUCCAAAGAAGUUAUGAGGCUUAUUCUAUGGGUUUUUGUGGAUUUGUUUUUCAUUUCUGUUUUUGUUUUGUUUUGUUUUGUUUUUUGUUCAUUUGGGUUUUUUUCCUAUGACUCUGAAAUUUAGGUGUGUAUUUCACAUGAGCAAUAACUCCAUUUCUUACCAAAUUGCAGAAUGCAAAGGGCCAUACAACAUGUAAGCAGACUUUGUGUCAACGACUGUGUUUGUGUGUGUGUGUGUGUGUGUGUGUAUUUUUUUAUUUAUAUCGUGUGUUCAUUGUGAGCACACGGGGAAUGGCUCUGUACUGAAGAAGUGAAAGAUGUGUGAGGAUAGCUGAUGUACCUGACGGUAUUUCUGUGUCAGUUUUAUAACUGUGUGUGAGUGGACCACUGUCUGGAGAGAAGCAUUGAGAAUGGUUUAUGCCUGUAUUUAACAUUUCAUUUGUGUUUUCUGAGACCACCAAGUCUGGUCAGUAAAUGAUUAUGCUGGCAGGUAGUGUGUAUGUGUGUGUGUGUGUGUGUGUGUUAGAGCGUCGUGCGGAGUUAGAACAGAAUUAUUCUUUCUGUGAAAGAUCAGGACAGUGGCUUUAAAAUCACCCCAUUCCUUGUAAUAUCACGGUUUCUUUUCUGUUUGUAGAAUUUAAGCUAUUUCAAUGCAUACAAUAAAUUCAAAACUAUCA